UGUACAUUCGAUUGUAUCGCGCACUCGCCUCUCGGCUUGUGUACAUUAUAUUAAAAUUACUUCUCGUUGUAUACGAAACGUUUAUACGCUUGAAUAUGUUUUCUUUUUUACACGAAAAAAAGCUUUUUGCGUGAGAUGCGCGCGUUCGCGUGAAUCGAUGCGGAAAAUUCGGCGAAUGAUGAUGCGCCGCCGAACACGCACCUUCCACAAGUGUCAAUGCAAUAUAUAUACUAAUACUAUGCUAGUUUCGUCUGCGCGUCGAAUUUGGCAGUUACCUUGGCACACAUGCUCGAUGUACAUACAACAACACGGAACGGUGAUACCAUGGAAGAUGACAACGACGAGAAAGAUGACACAAAGAGAAAAUCUCGAAAUCUCAGCGAGAAAAAACGAAGGGAUCAGUUCAAUAUGCUGGUCAACGAGCUCGGCAGCAUGGUCAGCACGAACACGAGAAAAAUGGACAAAUCGACGGUCCUGAAAUCGACGAUUCUCUUCUUAAAAAAUCACAACGAACUCGCCGUUCGGUCGCGAGCAAACGAAAUCCAAGAAGACUGGAAACCUUCCUUUUUGUCAAACGAAGAGUUCACUCAUCUGACCUUAGAGGCACUCGACGGUUUCAUCAUGGUUUUUUCAUUCUCCGGACGCAUAUACUACGCUUCCGAGAGCAUUACUUCUCUGCUGGGCUACUUGCCGAGCGAGCUGACCAACUCUACCAUCUACGAAAUAGCCUUGGAGGAGGAACAAUCUCAUCUGUACAAUAUUUUAGCCAAUGCUAGAGAUCAAAGUAGUAUUAAAAAAGAGCAUCAAGUGUCUUUUUUGUGUCAUCUGAAACGCGGCGGUCUGGAUUUUAGAGAAGAGCCCAUUUACGAGCUCAUACAGUUUAUUGGAUAUUUCCGGACGGAUAACGAUUCGGACAUUGACAGCAUGAUGCCUAAUAGUAGAUUCGGCGGCAGUGCCAGCGGGGAAUCCAAAACCGUAUUCGUAUGCACCGGUCGCCUUCAACUGCCUCAACUGAUACGAGAGAUGUCCGUCAUGGACAACACAAAGACGGAGUUCACGUCGCGACACAGUCUGGAGUGGAAAUUUUUGUUUCUGGAUCAUCGAGCGCCGCCCAUCAUCGGCUAUCUGCCCUUCGAGGUUCUCGGUACGUCCGGCUACGACUACUACCACAUCGACGACUUGGACAAAGUCGUCACCUGCCACGAAUCGCUGAUGAAGAAAGGCGAAGGCACCUCGUGCCACUAUCGAUUUCUCACCAAAGGACAGCAAUGGAUCUGGCUGCAGACUCGCUUCUACAUCACGUACAAUCAGUGGAACUCCAAGCCCGAGUUCAUCGUCUGCACUCAUCACGUGGUCAGCUACAUCGACGUCGUCAAGCAGAUGCGACGGGGAGUUGAUGAGUUUUCGAGCAUCCGCGAGCAGGACGACAGCACGAUAAUGACAUCGACGAAGCGUCGAAACAAUUCCAUGAGUCACGUUCACACGCCGUCGGGCUCGUCGAAGUCCUUGAAAACCUCAAAAUCGGUAGCGUUGCGAUCGUCGCGAAUUCGCCAUCAGGGAAACGAUUCCGACACCACCUCCGUAUCGGCUUGUUCGCGAAAUUCCAGAUCGUAUCAAUCGACCCCUCAGCACGUCUCCAGGGAUAAGGUACCCUCGACCAGCAGCUCGGCGAGUUUGAAGCAGCAGCAGAUGAUACCGAGCAACGAUAUCGGGUCGACGGAUUCUCAACAGCAGCAGCAGCAACAAACGUAUCAACCUCAACCUCAGCCUCAGCAGCAACAGCAACAACAACAACAACAACAACAAAUGGUGCAAAAGAUGAAGAUCGAGCAGCAGCCUCAGCCUCAGCCUCAGCCACAACCUCAGCACUGUCCCGAUUAUCUGGAACCGACGCAGUACGCCUCUGUGACGGUGGAUCCCCUGGUCGCCGAGGCGUAUCCAUCGAACACGGCGAUAAUCGCGCCGCUUCAAGCCACCGAGAUACUUCAUCAGCAAGGCUUGGUGAUGCCCCCGGCGCCGAAUCAGAUUCAAGACGAGCUACAACGAAAGCACGAGGAGUUGCAACAAUUGAUAGUCCACCAGCAGGAGGAACUACGCCGAGUAUCGGAACAACUUUUGAUAGCCAGAUACGGAAUAUUUUCACCCCUACUCAAUGUUGGCGUGCCAUACAACGCGAACGUACCGUGCCAACAGCCGACCCGCUGCGUGAAUCCGCCUCACCAGACGAUCCCGACGGUCGGCACGUUCCCAGUGCCCAUCACUCUGCCCGUGAAUAUAGUGCCAACGGAGAUGUUUCCGCAUACCUUGCCGGUGUCGCCGUCGCCCAUGUCGAAUCACGUACAGAUGAUGACACCCCAGCAGACCCCGACGCAGCAGCAACCGCAACAGUCCCAGCAUCAGAAUCCACAGCUGGUUUCGCAGCUCAAUCAGCAGCAGCAGCAGCAGAGUCAACAUCGCGACGAGCAGCAAACGGAUCUCAUAGCUUUUCAAAUGUGCCAACCGAACGAUCUUAUUUACGCGAAUAUGGACGCGACCACUGCUCAGCAGCAACAGCAACAGCAGCAGCCGCAGAGACCGCCGAGAAAUUAGAAGAAGAAAUCUGUGUUAAUAGUGACUUUCGCGUUGAUUUUAUCCACAACGGUGAACGUUUCACAUAUAUGCCGAUAGUUACCAGGGAGAACCACGUGAGUGAGAAUGAUAAUGGACAAUUAUAUAGCCGACGAUCGACGCGGAUUUUUGUAGAUGUUAUCAGAGGUAACCAAACGUACAAGUAUCAUGCAUUUUAAUCAUACAAGUGUAACGUUAAACAUUUUUUUUUCUAUCAAUGUAAAAUACGUUUAUCGAUUAACAUCCAUAACUGUAGAUAUAAAUAUUUAAUCGGUGCUUGAAUUAUAUUUAUCGAAGGGAGAGAAAAAAAUCUUACAGUUUGGAAAAAGUAUUUUCGAAAAUAGGACAAUUAGGUAGUCGAAAUGUCUUUUCGUUAAUUAUAGAAUCAUGUUUGUAAGACGUGUCAAUUAUAAACGAGCUUGUACCUGGUAGAAAUUCUCAGCAUUCAUAAUGGCCUAGUGACCAAGAAAUACCCAUUCAAAUUGUUUCAAAGUAUAUUUACAAUAAAUUGACAUGCUUUUGGAGAGUUUUUCGAUACAAUGUUAUUAGAAAUAUUUAACAGAUUUUUGAUGUCCUGAAAACGACAAUUCUACUGUUUCUAAAAAUUCAGAUCAGUUUUGAACCACUUCAAUACCAUAGUACCACUUUAAGCCACCACCGCUAGAUGGCGAGUACCUUUAAUUCUGUAAACGCAGUUUCGAACGAAGCACCCUUGGCGGUUUAUACUGAACUAUUUUCUGAAAUAGUCUAUGAAGCAAACUUAUCAUUAGUGCUAAAAAAUCCAGUGCCUAUUGCAAAACCUAUUUUUGAUCACUAAAAGUUGAAUGCCGUUUGUAUUUCAUCGGAAAACAUCGCGAAAAUUUUAAAUUUGAAUUUUUUAAAUCAUUGUACACAGAAUUAAUUGAGGAACGUGAUUAUUUCCUAACAUGAUAUAGUACAAAUACAGCAAUCAUUUAUAAAAUUCAAGCAUCAAAGAUGAUGCUAUACGAAUCAAAUUAACAAAGACAAUUUAAUUGAUGUUUUACUUUUCAAGUAUAAAAAAUUAAAAAUAACUCAUGAAAAACAAAUAGUAACUCCAGCGAAUUUCAUGUUGUCGAAAAUGGUCAAAAAAAUAUUUUAAAAAAGACAUGGAGAAUUAGGCCAUAAAAAUAUUGAAAAACACUACACUUUUGAUCCGAAGUUCUUAAAUGUCUAAGAAACUUUUUUGUUGUCCAAAAAACUAGCCAUAAAAUAUUGAGCAUUUCUACCAGUCAAACAACAUUCCAUUCCGUGGAAAAAAUAUAAAGUUAUUAACUUUUGGUGAUUAUACCACUUAAUGUUGAAAUUCAUGAUAAUUAGUUACUUCAAAGCUAGGUUUCAAGAGAAGUCACAAUGCAGUCUUUCCUAAAAAAAUUCAACUCUUGCCAAAUAGAUUAUUUCUUUUGAAUCAACUCAAACAUUUAAAUUGAAAGAUUUAAUGUACGGUUGUAAUAGUUUGAAAAUUUAGAUAGAAAGAAAAUCAAAGUGAUUACAUCAGUGUGCAAUUAUUAAGAUAUAUUUUUAAUAUUUACCGUGCGUUAGCGCUAUAUUUGGACGUGCUUAUAACUGGGAAAGUUGAAAGAAACUCAACUUUUGACAAAAACUGUAAAUACGCAUCGCAUAUAUAGAUAUAUCAUAAAUUUACCUAUUGCAUAAUAACAUUUGUGUAAAUAGUUGAUGGGAUUGAUAAAUCUUCCUCGCCAUUUUAUAUAAAUCUUAUAUCUAAAUUGAAUGUGAUUAAAGCCCCCGUGCAACGUCCCAUAUAGAUUUUUUUCAAUCGAAACGAUGUUGAAAAAAUAGUUUUAUAUGGUAACGGAAUGACAAUAAAUUAUUCGAACUUUUAGGAAAUAAGAAACGAAUUGCAUUUGAUCGAGAAAUAUUUUUUUGAAUUUAAACUUCCUCAAUUGUAGGACCAAAGUUCAAUUCAAAUCGGGACUUAAAAAAAAUUUCACGGUGAUCAGUAAGGUCUCUAAAUUAAAAUUUUCUAUUUUGAAAUUUGUAGUUCUAAAUAUUUUCAACAAGUAUUACGAAGCCACAUCAAGAGACCUUAUGCAGACUAAUCUAAGAAGCAGGACCAAAAAACAAAUUUUAAAACGAAAAACUAAUGUUAGCUUAGUCCGUAGCAUAAUGUAUGUAUUAUUAAGCUCUAUACUUAAUUACAGGGUAAAAUGAAAUAUUUUUCAACAGAUCGUAUAUUUUGUAACUGUAUAAAUUUUAUUAUUUAAUAAUAAUAUGGAUGACUAUAUGUUCGUAUAAAAAAUUGACGACGACGUUUUUAUCAUAGAACGUAACAUGUAUAUUGUAGCAAAAAAAAUAACGAAAAACAAAACGUAUUCACUAACCUAAAUCAAGCAUUCCAAAGAUUAUAUUUAUUACGAAAAAUAAAAAAUGCAGCGAUUUAUAUUUCUGAAAAUAUUUUUCAACGUCGAGAAAAUUUCAAUGCCGAAUAUUUUUUUGAAUACCAUGAAUAUAAAGCUUUCUGCAAAUUCAAAUGCGA